UGACGAGUACAACAACCGCGUAUAGCCGUAAUUGAAUGCCACGCUUCAAACGCGUAUAUCCGUGCUUUUGUUUUACGCACCACCUUUCCUAUUUCUAUUAUCCACUAUCUUUUAUAUUCAUCGUCCAAAUCCUUUCCUCCUAAAAAAUCAUUCUGCAGAAAGUGAAUUCAAACUCUAGAAUUCAACAAUGGCGUCCUCAAUAGAAGACAAAUCCAACUCCUCCUCAAAUCACUCAAUCUCCUCUGCUUACAUCUCUGACAUGGUAGAAGUCAAGAAAGUCUUCGAUCGUUUCGAUACCAACGGCGAUGGAAAAAUCUCCGUUACCGAACUCACUGGCGUAAUGACUGCACUCGGAUCGGAAACUUCUGAGCAAGAAGUGAAGCAGAUGAUGGAAGAAAUGGAUUCUGACAAAGACGGUGUCAUUAGCCUCGAUGAAUUCGCGAACUUCUGUUCCAGAAAACUUGAAGGUGAUGAAAACGGCUCGCAAGAGCUUCUUGAUGCGUUUAAGAUGUAUGAUCAGGAUAACAAUGGCUUGAUUUCUACUGCUGAAUUGUACCUCGUUUUGACUCGCCUUGGUGAGCAUUGCUCUGUUCAGGAUUGCGAGAAGAUGAUUCAGUCUAUUGAUUCUGAUGGUGAUGGUAAUGUUAACUUUGAAGAGUUUCGGAAGAUGAUGACCAGGAAAUCAUCAUAGUCGUGAAAUUAGGUUUUCGCAUUCAUCGUAGUUUGCCGACUCUGGGUACGAAUUUGAUAGCGUAAAGCCCUAAUUUGUCCUGAUCUGGUACCACUUUUCCUUUAAUUGCACUUUACUCAAUUAAAAAACCCUUUCCAUGGAUGAUUAUGCUGUUUAGCUGUUUAAUUGGCAAUUUGUGACUCCUAACAAUGAAAAUCUGUAUUGUUUGUGAUUGAAUAUUAUUUUAGGGCAAAACUUGUUAAUUUCUUCUGUUAUUUAAUAACACCGAAAUCUGAACUCUGAAGCCCGGUAUCCGUUUGUUUUGUCUCAAAUGUUAUUAAUUGUCAAAAUUCAAGGAUUGCAUUUUGACAGAAAAAAUUGACUGCAUUAAUACUAGCUUCAAUCUUUUUCUUUAUGCCACCGAUAUUGUUAUUUAUUGUGUAUGUGUCACAUAUUUAGUGCCAUGUCCAACUAUUUUGUAUUAUUUUUAUAUAUUUUAAUCAUACUCACUAUUUGUUUAAUCAUGUUUAUACUUUUAACUAGAUCAUACUUCCGACUUUUAUAAAAAAAACACUUGUAAUUCAAAGGUACAGAUGUGUGUCUUCAACAUAACGUUCGAUUAGUUUUAAGUCUGCCUUGACUUGAUGGCUUCCUUCUACAUUUUUGUUCCAAAGGGAGUGCUCGGCGGCAGUUUUGUGAGUAAUUGUACUUGUAUUAUUGUAUUAUUGGUUAAAAAUAAGGAUAGUAAUAGCUAUUUGAAUAUAAUUUGUUGAGAUAUGUAUAAAAAUCUUAAAAUAAUACUUUUAGUUUUGUAAAGCUAUAAAUUGUAAUGUAAAAUCUGCUUUAUGGAACAAUGAUAAUAUGAUAUUUAUUGUAAAGUUUAGCAUUAAAUGUAGAUUACUAAUAGAACUAAUACUUACAUUGCU